CCGAAAAAAGAUAUUAGGGGUGCAUGGAACCGAUACGUCUAGUCUGAGUAACCCUAACCGCCUUGGGUGUAUGUAAAAUCAAACUGAAAUCGGAGUAUUUGAGGCUGUAUAGGUUUGUCGUUUAGCACAACUUCCCUUGCCGUUUAAAGGUUCAAUCAACACAUUGCAGAGGCCGCCUACCCCAGUACUCACAUAUAACAAGUCUAUAGUUCACAAACAAUACACUUCGGUGCACUGCAUAUAUAAAUGUAGGUCGAUGUUAAAGAGAGAAUUCAAAAUAGGCAAACCUCUCUUGUUUUAGAAUUUCAUUUUCCAGACUAAGUAGAUAGAUGCAGAGGGAACUCAUUAAGCAAUUGGAAGAAUGCAUUUUGGACUGUUUAAAACAGAAUGCCAAACGGAAGUCAAAUGUCCAAACCUGAAAAAAUGGGUUUCGUUUAAAUCUUUUCGAAAAUCUGGUAAUCGUUUACUCAACUCUUUUCAUUUAAACGUUUAAAGGUGUAAAUGUCGUACCUUCGGUAGAUAGUAUUUGCUGGAAUGGGGAGGCUUUAAGUGUAUUUGGUUUCCAGUCCAUACUCGAUCUCGCAGGUUUUUUCCGGGUACUCCGGUUUCCUCCUGCUUCUAAGACUGGACCUUGUUCCGAACUCUAUAAUUUGAUGCUGAUUAAUAAAGGUUAUGAAUAAACGUAUAGUUAUUGUUGCAAAUAGCCCGAGUAGCUGAAAGCGCUGUAACAAAACAACACCACCCCACUCUCAUUCCAGCAUGACCGGAUGGCUGCAAGAUUGACAUCUACAUGGACGUACAUUCUUAGUGAUCCUUUAGCAUCUUUUCUUCGCCACAGUAUUUGUUGCUUUGUCACUGUGGCGAACCGGAUUUGGCUGUAGUGUACAGCUAAAAGGUCUAUCUUCAACGAGUUACCACUUUUUUCUCGCCUCCGGAGUGCCCAUCCUAACAAUCCAGCAGCCACACUCCAUUUGACUCGGCAAACAUUGCCUCUUGACUCACCGGCUCCGACGUCAUGGAGUCAGACGAUUCGUUCGACGACCAUUUAGCUUACACGUCCCUGGUGUUGGAAAACAAAACCCUGGACGAACUAUUGGCCAGUCUGAAUUUCACUUCCCUGGGCGAGUUCAUCGACUUUUACGGGGUGGAGCUAGAACCCAUCGCCUACGAUUUGUCCGCCGAAGCCGACGCUGGUCUCAUCACGUCCUACACCGUGAUUUUCCUGUUGGCGCUGGUAGGCAACAUCCUUGUGGUCUUUGCGGUGGUGCACAAGCGCAGCAUGCGCACCGUCAUCAACGCGUUCAUCGUGUCCCUGGCGACCUCUGACCUGCUGAUCACACUCUUCUGUAUUCCGUUCACGCUCUUGGAAAUCAUCACAGUGGACUGGGUGCUGGGCACCUACAUGUGUAAGCUCCUCAACUACAUCACCAUGGUGGCAGUUGUGUCCAGCGUAUUGACCCUGACCACCAUUGCAGUCGAGCGCCACCACGCGAUUUGCUACCCCCUACGAGCCCGCAUCAUUCAGACGCCCAGGCGAGCAGCCAUCUUAAUCGCUGGGCUCUGGGUGUCCUCCAUGCUGCUCGUCUCCCCGUUGCUGUUCGUCCAUAAGGUGAUUCUGAAGGAAGACCCCCUCAUUGCCACCACUUACAAGUUUUGCAGGGAAGCGUGGCCCCACCCCGAGCAGAAGAAGGCCUUCACCCUGCUCCUGGUCUUGUUCGUGUACGUCAUCCCCGUCCUGACCAUGACUGUCCUGUAUCUCCGGGUGGUACAUCGGCUGUGGAUUCGCAAGGCCAUCUCGCCUCUGGAGGCACAGGGGAGCCAGGCCAACGCUUCGUCCCUGCGCAACAAGAGGCGCGCCACCAAGAUGCUGAUCGUGGUGGUCAUCCUCUUCGCCGUCUGCUGGCUGCCCUUCCACGUUGUCAGCAUCAUCCGGGACUUCUCCCACAUGCGGGACAGCGAGCGCAACCGGCUCAUGCUGGCCAUCGUCCAGCUCAUCGGCUUCAGCAACAGUUUCAACAACCCCAUCGUGUACGCCUUCCUCAACGAGAACUUCAAGCGCACCUUCCGGAAGACGCUCUGCGUCCGGCCCCAGACAAAUACGGCCAAGAAGAAAGCAAAGAAGUCGACCACUCACCUCGUCAGCCCGUAUGCCGUCCAAACAACGUUGUAACUCGUUGCGAACUGUUCGCAGAGCAUCAUCAUGUAUAGUUUCAGUAGGCCUACGGAUUUAUUUUCUUAAAGGAUAUAUUGAUUACAGAGGAAUAAAUGUUUUGGUAAUGCUGUGAAAGAAAGGCAAAGAACAUUCGAGUGCCUUCGCAUUUCCGCAUUCAAAGUUACUGGAAAACCGAAAGCGUUGUUGAGAUUUAUCAGGUUGGAAGCACCCGUGUUUAUGUGUUGUUUAUCGGUGUCUUUAUUCAGUAUAAUUCAUGUAUUUUGGUCAUGUCAGUUUGGCUGCUUUGAGCAGAAUCACCCCCUCGUCAGAUGAAAAUAGCCAAAUUGGUCGAGAGGUUCAUUUUGUUGGUAGCAACGCGAACGUAUAUGGCGUGCAUUUCCCAGUCGUUUGUGAACCAGCGAAGCCCCCGUUGUGAACCAGUAGCCCCCGUUGCUAAGACAAUUGCACCCUCUCUUGGUCCAGCUCGGGGCUUAUAACACCCAAGUAAAAUUUUAAAAAGAGAACUUGAAUUAAUUACGUCUAGCUCAAACGUCGAACCCCGCAUUAGUCGUUGAUAUAACACGCCAAGUGACCGUCGUUAGAAUGUAUGUUUUACCGACAAAACGGUUGGUUUUAAAGUACAUUCCUCAAUGUAACUGAGGAAUUAUUAUUUCAGUAGUUUAAUCCUUAUAUCAUGUGUAUCUUAGCCACGUGUGUGUAAGUGUUGCUGACGUUUGGACAGUGCAAGUCCUUAGAUAUGCAUGUGUGUAAAAUUUGUCUGAAAAAAGGGAAAAGUAAGAUAUUUUCAGGGCUCAUUAUAUCAUAUUCUAUAAGAAAAUGUCAAAGAAAGAAAAUUAUGGCGUUUUGUUUCGAAUAAAUUCUGCUGGCAUUAGCCUACAAACAUUUUUUUUUAAAUGUCAAGGACUUUGUGGAGAGUUUGCGAUCGGAACUGUUUAUGGAGAGAGUUGCGACGUGAGUGUCUCAGUUGUCGGAAAUAAAAUGGGUAGAUUAUGCGUCA